ACCACCUUCUGUUCCGCAACUUGAACCUUUUUCUUGUUAAAGAAUUUGGGGAGGAUGCACAUUGCCAUGGUUAUUUUUGAAUGUUGAUGUACCACGACGGAUCCGUGUGAUGGCCUGCGACUUUUUCCGCGCGAAUAAGCAAUGUAUAAGAUAAUCAUUCCUGCGGAUCCUUGAUCAUCUUUCUCCUGCUACAAACGAAAUAAGAUUUUAAUAUGUUGGUGUGUUGUCGAGGCGUUUCAAAUAAACCACUCUCUUGCCCGUAUUUCUCGUUGAAAUUUGCAGCUGGUCUAUUUAUUGUUCGGCCAGAAUCUGAAGCAGGUCUUCAGAAAACAAGCGCCAACUAAACUCGCAGGAGUUUGCUUGAGGGCAGAUGCUAGUACUCAAAAAGUUCGGUUGCACCCAGCAAUGAAGAAAACUGCUAGUAGCAGAGGUGGGGCGACAACUUGUAUCUUCCCUGAUGAGAACAUGGAUCGGGGGUGACAGGAAGUCAUCGUAUGUGUAUAAGCAGCUUAUACGCAUUACAGAACAGGGUUAACACUCACACAGUUUUUCUUUAUUUUUCUCAUCCACAGUAUAGAGAUCAUCGUUGUAGGGACAGGAUAUCUAGGUGUCAUCCAGGCGCAGAUCGGGACAAGUUACGGCCGCUGCCUGUACCAACACCCGUGAUGCGCCCCACUAUAAAGAGCCAAAACGAGCUUCAUCCUCCUUGCAGCUGACACUACAGACGGCACCGUCAAAAUGUUGGUUGCCAUUCCUCUGGUCCUUGCUUUCUCCACUUUGAUGGAUCUGACCAAGGCUGCCACAACUGAUGUCCUCGACAUAGAUGGUAUGCCAGUACAGGUCGGAGUCGGCUACCACAUAUUGCCCGCCGAUGACACUCAGUCUGGGGGACUAACUGGCAUCUCCGAACAUGGUUCCUGCCCAUUCAACGUGAUGCUGUCGGCCUCCCAGUUCAGCAACGGGACUCUCUUGAAUUUCCAUCCCCUCGCCGGGGAGGGCACGGUUCAGCUUGGGAUGGAUCUGAACAUACAGUUCUUUCUAGUGACAUUCUGCGUCGACCUGUCAGUCUGGAAGUUGGCCAAAAUUGAUAAGGAAACCAAGCAGAGGUUCGUCACGCUGGGGGGUCUGGUGGGGCAUCCUGGUCCAGACACGGUCGACAAUUGGUUUAAGAUUGAGGAGGAAGGGGAGCACUACAAACUGGUCUUCUGCCCCACAGUAUGCGACUCCUGCAGCGUCGCCUGUGGAAAUGUUGGUACUUACCCGAUGAAUGGCAAGAGAUGGUUGGCUUUAGGUGAUCCUGCACUUGCUGUGAAAUUUGUAAGGGGAUCGGAAGAGUGGUCCAUUAAAAGGUCCAUAAAUUCAAGCCAAGAUGUGCUCCCAUUCUCCCUGCGUCCGGCACCAGAGAACCAAAAUGUUGCUUGUCACUUCUUUGGUCCUUGCUCUGUCAACUUUGGUAGACCUAACGAAGGCCAGCACACCUCAUGUUCUAGACAUAGCUGGUAGGCCAGUUCAAGCAGGGAAGGGUUACUACAUGUUGCCUGUGAACGACACCCAGUUUGGAGGGUUGACUGGCAUCUCCGAAUAUGGUUCCUGCCCUUUCAAUGUGAUGCUGUCAGCCUCCCGGUUCAGCAAUGGUAG